AUGCAUACUAUGUCACUUAGUGAUCAGUUGAAUAAUGUAUUGGUGCCAAAGGCGACUGAGUGCAGUAAUGCGGCCUUAGGUGUUGAUCUUGCGAAUUCACAGUUAGAUGACAUUCUUAGUAAUAAAUUAACGCUUUCCGUAGAGUUGGUGACGCAGGCCGUAGAAACGUUCCAAUCAUCCUGCGACGACAGGCAGGUGAAGCAAUGGGCUGACAAUGUCGACAAGGCAUUGUUGCAGCAGAAGGAGAAGAUUAAUAAAGCUGUUGAGACAGAAUCUAGAAGGGUGCACGAACGGUUGGAAAACGGGCGCAAAGCAAUAGAACAAAGUCUUGAGAACCUGAUAAAUGAAAAACAAAAACACAUAAAGGCCAUCAAGCAGGCUGCACAGGACGCUAAAGAAGAUGUUGCUGAGUUGCUUGGUGACUCCAGCCAGAACUUUAAGGCACAUUAUAUAGAUGUUAUUACUUCAAAAUUCGACGGCCUGCAACAAAAAGCUGCAGCUCUUAAAGCGAGCAAGCCCGGUGCAGGCAUAGAUGAAAACAGUAAAUGCCAACUUGAGAGGGAGGUUGACGCCAUUGAGAGAGCUGUUGAGAAAUUGGAGAAGUUGUAUCAGGAAAAAUUGGUGGAUGUCAAAAAGAAAGUUGAUAAGGCGGUUGGUCUAACUGAUAAUGAGCCUGGUAGUGUGUUGGCGGCGCUAACGGCCUUAGACGACUCAGUGAAAAAAGAUUUGCGUACGCUUAGGGAGAGUAUUAAAGGCCAAUUAGAAACGCUUGGUGAGCGGGUGUGGAGCGGUAUUAUGAAGUCGGCGGGGGAGGCGAAAGACCCUUGGACUCAGAUUAAAAGUGGUUCCACUUUUGAAUAUGCAGGUGUAAAGACGCUUGGGGAAUCUCUAAAUGAAGAUAAGCUUAAAAACGUGUUUGGAACUCUGCCUGACAAACUUUCUCAACUCUCAGCUGGUCAAACCAAAAGUAACAAUUCCAUUUUUGCAGGUACUCUAGAAAAUCUUCUAAAGCGUCUUGACGAAGCUCAGAAUGGCAAGCUGCCUCAUGGUGGAUCCAUUGAUAAGCCAACCUUCGAAGAGCUGCAAACCUCCCUCAAAAGGGCGGUGUCCCACGCCGUCGACAAAGUGCUCAAAGACGUUGUUGGAGAGGAUGACAUAAAUGGCAAAACUGAUCGUGUAAAUAAGCCAUUUGAUCCUGUUUUCAUGAACGAAUACAAUGAGCAGACCAAAAAUGGAAAUGGAGGCGAUGGUGUGCUGAGAGGUUUGAUUAAGGGGAUUGCUACAAAAUUUGGUAAUGGCUUUAAGAAUUCUGGAGACCAUACAGAAAUAGAUCUCGCUACUCUUGACGGCUACAAUACUCAACGAUCCGGUAGCGGCGACGGCACAAAGACCACUUACUACCGGGUAAUGCAGAAACUGUCGGAAUCAAUCAACGAUCUUGAGAAUUUGCCAACAGCAAUAGAUAAUGCUAAAGGAGAAUCGGCGAGAAAGAUGGAGAAAUUGAAGCAAGAAUUUCAAACGCUGCAGAGCGAUGUUAUAAAUAUUGAACGGGUAGUAAUUACGGCCAACCAGCAAUUAAGUGAAUACAUUUCUUCCGUCGGUGUCGCUUUAACAACCGCGCAUCAGCAGGCUACUCAAGCUGUUAAAGCUCUUGAAUCAACAGUAACCCGUACAGUCUCCUCUGCCUUCUCCACCCUCACCGCCCAAGUCCACUCCCUCUUCGCGAAGCAGAAGCAGGCCGAGCUCACGCAGCUGCAUACCGUCGUCACGGCGCAGUUGAGGGAGAUUAAUGAGAUCAUUCGACUUGACUCCAUAAAUGGAUUAAAAGGGUUGCUAACGCGAUUAAAUGAAGGAUUUGAUGAGACCUUACAGAUUACAACGCUGGAAGAUGAUACGAAAUUAGAUGGGUUGGCCAGCAAGGCUAAAUUGUUUUUACAAGUUUUAUUAAACUAUAUUGAAGAGCAAGUCAAGACCCAACGUGCUAACCAAAAGGCUGGCCAAAGCCCUACCCUAGAGCCUAACGAACAGUCUGACCAAGUUGCCAAAAUUCGCGACGAUAUCAUCACAUUACUCCAACCACUUACUCAUUUCAAUAAGACAUCCAGUGGUCACCUAGCGGCACUUAAACAAUCACUUGGUAAUUUAGUACCUGAUAAGUUCGACGGUAACAAUAACAAAUUGCUUGACCUAAUUAAUGAUGGCGUGGGCGGCUUUGUUAAGCAGUUGGAGUACGGUUAUGUGAGCGCUUACUCCGAACAUACAAUCAUUUGGGAGAGGUAUCCUACUCCCAAAUCCGGAAGUAAAUUCACUGAUGACGCAAUGAGUUGCGCAAAUGUUUUACUUAGUAUUAUUUCCAUGUUGUAUGCAUAUUUGAACAAUAUUAGAUUGCAAUGUGAUGAUAAAUGCAAGAGUGACGGUAUCAAUCUAAACAGUGAGCUAGGUAUAUACCUCGACUCGUGUGGUUAUUCUGUAGCUUCCGAUGAGGACUCACAGAACGGGUGGCUGAAUAAUAAGAAUGAUUUCACAGGUGCAAACGUUUCCAAUAAGCUUAAAGAUAACAGUAUAUUGACUGCGCUGCCUGGCAUUCAUGAUAUAUUUAAAUGUUAUAUGCGCGUUUGCCAUCUAAUUAUUCCACCUAAACAGCGAUAUCCCUGUAGCGUCAGAGAUAUGCUGGCAUGGCUGGGUGGCUUGCCCUACCGGUCUGUUUACGAAAAAAUACAAGACCAUUGUGAGGCUGCGUAUAAGGCAGAAGAAGAUGGUGGCCUUAAGUAUUGCAUUUCCAGCAUUCCAAACGCACUCCGCCUUGUGUGCUACAAAUCGAAUUCCUUGCUCACUGGCAUUCAAGGCCACGGACACGGCGCUCCGAAUGCCGACUAUCCUUACGCCUGUAAAUUCUUUGACAACUCUCGAGGCUUCAAUUAUCCGUCCGAUAUCCCCAGCCUAUUUGAUACACUAGCAGAUAUAUGCAGGCGUUUGUUAUGCUCGCUUUACUUUUUGUCAUCCCAAUGCAAAUUCACCACAUCCCAGGGUAACGGGUGGGCCGACUGCCAAUAUGGCAGAACUAUCGCAUCGGCAAACUGGCAAUGUAAGGACCACCCAAGGGGCAAAGCAAAUGAGCAACCAAAUGGUCAACCAAAUAGUGAAGUAAAUUGCCAACCAACGUCCCCGCUUCAGUCCUACCUAAGCGACUGCCUUACCGGUUUCCUACCACAUAUGUUAACAUCUGUCGGCUGUAAAUCUGUAUGUUCCACCUGUAAAAAUGCCUCUCCAGGCCAACCAUGUAUUACACCAAUGGGCUUCUGGGAUUUGACUACUGCGGCAUCGAAGUCCGGCCGAGGAUUCGCCUUUACCGUUGCUAGUGAGGUCGCUGCAAAUAUUGUUACAACGCGUGCCGUCGACGCUUCCAGAAAUUCUUUCCUUUUUCUGCAGGUUAACGCUUACGUGGAAUGA